CGUUUAAACCUCCGGCUCAGUGAACGUCUCCUGGACAAUGUAUCGCUUUGAGGUUUAUUUAUUUAUUUUGAGUGUAGUCUACGCGAAAAGUUUACCUGAAGACACCCCGAGUGGAUACGCUAAAGUUUCUAAUUUUGGUGUAAAAACAUCUUCGGGUGCAAACGAAGCACGCAGCAGUGGAUUAUCUUUAUAUUCUCAAAGUUCAAACGCCAAAAUUUCAUCCGGCCAAAACUUAAGGAGUAAAAUCACUUACUUCAACCCAAGUUCUUCGAGAGUUGGAGAAGACCAUAACGAAGAUUUACCCGGUAAAGGUGAAGUACAAGAACGAUACAACCCCAGACCUUAUUUCCAGUAUCUCAACGUCCCCUCAAGUUCAAAUGACCCAAAACCCGAGCAAAAACCAGCUGUGGUUUAUGGAUCUCCAUUCAAACCAGCUGCGAGUCCACCCGUUCCAACUAAUUUAGACUCUCCUCAACCUGAUUCAAUUCCGGAUUCAAACCCAAAUUCAGAUUUGGAUUCAAAUCCAAUUUACAAUUCUGGGCCACCAUCUCCAGGAAAUUCUCCAAGCAUUUAUGAUUCACCUUACGAUUCUUAUAACCCAUCGAAACCCACAAAUUCGGAUGAUUCAGACUCUCAAAAACCACCAGGAAAUUUAUAUGAAUCCCCUUAUGAUUCUUAUAACCCAAAACCUGAUGAUAAACCGGAAACUCAAUAUUUACCAGCUAACAACCCUCCACCUCCACCAUCAAUGCCCCCAUCAUCAACGAAAAACGAAUAUCCUGGAUAUCCUUACGCCCCACAAGAAUUAGAUCAUCCACCGAAAGAUUCUGAUAUGUAUCAUCCACCUCAAAAACCGAUGGAAGUUGAUUCAUACAUGCCGCAAGAUGAGAAGCCAAGUCAUGAUUUUUCUGGAUACAGCGAUCAAGGGCCACAAAUCGUAGCUACUGUAAAACCCCCAGAAUCAGUUCAUGGCCAUUAUCAAGAAUAUUCGCCACCCUCAACAAGUUUUGAUCACCAUCAUGAACAUAUCGUCGAUUCACCACCAACAUCAUACAAUUACCCCGCAAAAAUUCCGGAAUACGUCGAUCAUGACCCUAAAGGCCAUCACUUUCAAUAUCACGAUCACGAUUACCACGACCACCACGUCUACCACGAGGUAACAACAACCACGGAAAUGCCCGAAGAACGUGUUAACAAAGGACAUUACAGUUAUUAUUAUUUGGGAAGAAAACUGUGGUACAUUCCGUUGUAUUUUAGCGCUUAUUUCAUUUUAUACAUUACCGUUUUAAUUUUGAAAUCGAUCGCCAGACAUAAAGUCAAUUUUAUACACGAUUUGCACGAUUUAGGUAAAGGACGAAGCGGGAGGGAUAUGAAAAUUGAUGAAAUCACUCAUAAUGUUACUAAUGCUAUUAAUAAUGCCACACAAAAGUAUAUGUAA